AAUAUUUUGGCACAGUUAAUGCCACAGUUCAUAAUAUGGCCAAAUGCAGUGCAAUGUCAAUUAUCUAGUAAUAUAUUUGAAGCUCGAUCACGUGGCUUUCCUGGAGUAAUCGGUGCUAUAGAUGGCUGCCAUAUUCCUUGUAAAGCUCCAAUAAUGAAUCCAAAUGAUUAUUAUAACAGAAAAAGCUUUCACUCAAUUAUUUUACAAGGAACAUGCAAUCAUAGAGGAUUAUUUAUUGACUGUUUUAUUGGAAUGCCUGGGCGCAUGCAUGACGCUCGAGUUUUCCGAAAUAGCACAUUAUUUAACGAAAUAACUAAUGCAGAAAGACUUCUAAUUCCGCACAAUAUGCAUCUAAUAGGAGACUCAGCUUAUCCCUUAUUGUGUACUUUAAUGACACCAUUUAGAGAUAAUGGGCAUUUGACACAUUCACAGAUUAUAUACAAUGUAAAACUAAGUUCUAUCAGAUCAAUUAUUGAAAGAUGUUUCGGUUUACUAAAGACUAAAUUUAGACGAUUAAAAUACUUAGACAUAGGAGAUUUUGAAUUGGGAAAUAACAUGAUAGCAGCAGCAUGCGUGUUACAUAAUUUUAUU